AUGAAUAAAACAAUAGAAAGAAAUGAAAAUGGAACUGUAAUCAUGAAUUUAAGAAAUUUAAAGAUCAUCUGUGAUAGAAAAGGUCUUUAUCAGACUCCAGAAAACAAUGAGACUAUUUAUUUGCAUUAUUUAGGAUUCGACAAAAUUCAAAAUCUAGAACCUUAUAAAAAUUUAGUAGCAUUAUGGUUGAAUAACAAUGCAAUUGGUAAAAUUGAGAAUUUAGAUGAACUCACCUAGCUUGUUAAUUUAUAUUUGAAUCAUAAUCUAAUUUAAAAAAUCGAAAAUCUUUCAUUUCUGACAAAUUUGUGCACAUUAAAUUUGAGUCAUAAUUCAAUCAAGAAAAUUGAAAAUUUGCAAGCAUUAACUAAACUCUAAAACUUAAAUAUUUCAAAUAAUCAUUUAGCAGGUUAUGAAUCAUUAGAGAAUUUAUAAGAAUGCUUGUCAAUUACUAAUUUGGAUUUAUCUAAUAAUUUUAUAUCAUAUGAAAAGCCUAUUUUAGAGUUGUUUGGAAAAACAAAUUUAGGUUGUUUAUAUUUAAAAGCUAAUUCAUUUGUAAGAGAAUGUUCAGAUUAUAGAAAAAUUAUGAUAGUGACUAUUAAAACUUUGAAGUAUCUAGAUGAUAAACCAGUUACAGUAGGUGAAAGAAGAAUUAGUGAGGCUUGGUAAACAGGAGGUAAAGCAGCAGAGUAAUAAGAAAGAAUUGCUUAAAUUGAACAAAGAAAAGAAAUUAAUUAUUAAAACUAUCUACAAACUCUUGAAAGACAAUAGAGAGGGGAAAUGAGAAACAAUCUAUUGACUUAAAAAGAUAAUUUAUAAAGAGAGAUCAGUUUAUUAUAAAUUCUAUUGGCUGAUGGGGAUGAUGUUCAAAAUUAAUUAGAAUAAAAAGAAAAAGAAUUAUAAAACAUAGAAACAGAAUUAGAGAAAUAUAAAAUAGAUUAAUUGACUCCUUAUUAAUGUGUGUUAACAACAAGAGACGAAUUUGGAAAUAUCAUAAUUUUAAACAAAUCAGAAGAUGAAGUAAUAUAAAUUAAGCAAAAGUAUUUUAAUGAUGAUAUCCAACCAUUAAGUGAGACAGAUUUACCAGAUUUUGAAAGUGGGAAUUAAAGUAAUACUCUUACUGAAGACUUGGAAGAUUUAAAUAACAGUAAUUUAGAAUAAUAAAAUAUUAACAAUUAUAUUUAUGAAGAUAAAAAAGUAAAGAUUUUAAGGGAAGUGAAAGACAAGAAAGAAGGAUGGACUCUAGAAAAUGAAUAACUGCUAUAAAAUUUAUUGAUCUUUCAUUAAUUUGACUAUUAGAUUGUUAGCAAGGAACUUAAAAAAAAAAUGGAAGAAUAAAAUUCUAAAUUGAAAUACUUAGAUCCUGAAGAUCUUAAAUUAAUUUGGACAUAUAUUGAACUUACGAAGUAAAAAAACCACAAACCAUAAAAUUUAGAUGGAAUUGAUUGA